AUGCAAAAAGCCCAUCAAGACGAUGCGACAAGACGUAUAGUGACUAUUGAACAAUUCAUCGUCGACACAUUCACUAAGAUAGGCGAAGAUGGGAUCGAAAGGGCCGUUGAUCAGCCUGAUCAGAUAGGUGGAGGAGGUACUUACGCCAUCAUAGGUUCGAGGAUGUUCUUACCUCCCUCUCAGCUAGGUAUGAUAAUCGAUUAUACUCCAGAUACUUUACCUCAAAAUAUGCGCCAUGCGCUUUGCGAGUACGGUAAGGAGAUGUGGACAUUUAGAAAGAGGAAAGAUGGACAUCCGACUGCUAGGGCUGUUAACAGGUACAAUGGACAGACAAGGGGCUUCGAAUACCUAACUAAACCUAUACUUCUCACCCCGUUUUCCCUUCUCGAUACUCCCUUUGGGAAACCACUACCAUCCACGAUCCACCUCAUAUCAUACCCUGCUCCAAGGAUAGAAGGUGUACUAGACGAAGUGCAAGCGCUAAAGCAAGAGAGAGGUUGGAACCCGAUUAUAAUUUGGGAACCUGAAGAAGAGAGUUCGGAAGUGAUACGGAAAGUAGCCAAAGAUAUAGAUAUCAUAGGACCAAAUCAUCAUGAAGUCCUUCGAUUAUUUUCACCGACCAUACCAUCCUCUCCAACCGAAGCAGAUCUUAAAGCCGUAUACAACCAAGCAUGCAAGAACCUCGUAUUGCUCCAACCCAAGAUAGGCGUUGUAGUUCGCUGUGGUCAUUUGGGAUGUUGUUAUUCACCCAGUUCUACUCUAGGACUUGAGCCCAAAUUGAAGUGGAUACCUGCGUAUUGGAACUCUCAUAGGAAAGGGUGGAAUGAUGGUAGAGUUGUGGAUCCGACUGGAGCUGGAAAUGCAUUUAUGGGCGGUCUGGCAGCUGCGUUAGACUCGGGAAAGUCUCUUGAUGAAGGAGUGAUAUGGGGUAGUGUUGCUGCUUCAUUCACGAUCGAGCAGGAUGGACUGUCUACGUUGAGUCAGUCGAAUGGGAAGGAAUUAUGGAAUGGGGAGGGCCCCUGGGAGAGGGUGAGGAUCAUGAAGGAGGACUUGGGCGUUAUAUGA